GAAAGAGGCAGUGGUGCCAUCAGACUGCACCAAUUCCUGGAACGUGGAUGAGAUCAACGUCCUAGGAGUGGUCUAUCACGCACAUUUGGUUGGCAAGUCUCUCAACAUUGACGUUGUCCGGGCCAAUGAGUACGUUGGUGCAAUGCGUCUGGAGCAUCUCUAUGACUUCAACCACCAGUCUCUGGAGCCGCCGUCGGUGAAGAAGGUGCGGAGAGGGGACGACCUCAUCCUACGCUGUGCUUACGACACUUCGGGCAAGACAACGCCCACUCCCUUUGGGGACUUCACUCAGACCGAGAUGUGCUGGUCAGCCUUCCUCUACUACCCGGCGCAGCGGAUGACUCAAGCAAUCAUCCAGGGCUCUGCAGGAGACAGGCGAGCGACGUUUUGCGCCGGAUAUGGUGUCUCAUCGUCCUAUGUGCCACGGCCAGCGCAGCCGGCGUGCGAGUGGAAAGGCUUCCUGCAUUCCACGGAGGCCUACCAAGUGCUGAGCGACAUGGGUGUCGAC